AAGACUGAAGUAGGUAGCGUAGGCAAGUAGAGAUGAGGCAAGGAGGGGUAUGAGAAAGAGAGGAGGCAAUGGAGACAAAAACGUACAGGAGGAAAAAGAUGCCAAGAUAGUGGAGGUGAAGAAAGCAAGAGGGUGAAAGUGACGAUAAGACACAAGAGGUGAAGAAAGCAAGAUGAUAAAGAAGACGACAAGGUACAUGGCGUAAAGGGAGCGAGAAGAUACAAUAGAGCCUCAGAGAUGACGCUGCAUAUAGUUACUAGAUUAGUACGGUGUUCGAGGCAAAGAGGUUCACUGGUUGGAGCCUUCUCGUUUCCAUUUUGUGAGAGGCAGAUACCAUUGCCAGUGACGGCACUUCUCUCAUAUCGACAUAAUUCGCAAGAUAGUUCAGCCCAAAGUGAUGCAGGUUUUAUAAGUCAAUGUGUAGAAAAACGAGGUCUGCUGAGAGUAGUUGGACCGGACGCCAAGGCAUUACUGCAAGGCCUGAUUACUAAUGACAUGGACUGUUUGAAUGUUGACAUUUGCCCAACAAUAAAUAACUGCCUCUACUCUCUAAUACUUAAUAAUCAGGGUCGGGUUCUGUGGGAUAUCAUUAUAUACAGGCUUGGAGAAGACAAGGACAAGGGACAGAACUAUUUGUUAGAGACUGAUAAAGAUCAAGUAGAUGAUGUUUUGAAACAUUUGAAAAAAUACAAACUUAGGAAAAAGGCAGAUCUGUUUUCUAUGUCUGAUGAAAUGUCAGUAUGGGCUGUGGCAUCGCCUCCAAAUGAGUCUGUGACAGUAGCUUCCAACAAGUCUCACAUCUUUUUAAACAUGGACCCUCGAGCACCCGAUCUUGGCUAUCGGCUCAUUCUUGCCUCAGGAACUCAAGCCAGCGACGUUGUGACAAACUGUAAGGUGGCAGAUGAUCCCCAGUGGUAUGAGAAGUUGCGGUACAGAUUGGGUGUUGGCGAGGGAGUUGUCAAUCAUCCUCCAGGAAAAUGCUUUCCAUUGGAGGCUAAUGCUGACUAUUUAAAUGGAGUUAGCUUUCGUAAAGGGUGCUACAUAGGGCAGGAGCUGACAGCUAGAACACAGCAUACUGGUGCAGUGAGGAAGCGGCUAAUGCCGCUCACUCUGGCCGAGAAUUUGGACGAACAGCCAGAGGGAGAUGCAGCCGUAGCGAACUCUGCAGGAAAGCAGGUGGGGAAGCUGAGAGGUGUGAUUUGCUCACUCGGACUAGCACUGAUGAGAAUCGAUGCCAGUGAGGAUACAUCACUGCACAUCAAAACUAGCACUGGUAGAAAAGUAGGUGUAACAGCAUCACAGCCAUCCUGGUGGAAUACAGAGGGUCCUUAAACAAACGGCCCUGCAUCAUGUGAUCAUCACUUAUGCUGGUUGGAUCAUGAUGAAGAGAUAUGAGUAUUGAUACUUACGGUUACUAAAUAGGUGACUGUUGAUGUUUGUACCUUGAAAAAUUAGUCACUUGGCAGUAGUUGAUUUUCUCAAUGCCACUAGGUGGCAGCAUCUGUCAAAGUCUAAAAAUAGUGAAUAAUUAUAUUGCUGGCUUGAGUGACAUAUGAAACAUUGAUUUUACUUGAUGCAGCAGGAUUUACUCGCUAGAUAACAUGUUUUACACGGUGGAAUAUAGUCAAUUAUCUCAGGCGAUUAUGAGUUUUAAGCGUUGGGUUGUUUUUUUGAGGUAAAAAUCUAGAUUUAUAGAAAGCUAUAAAUCUAUAGACAUGUGCUUGCUUAAAAUGUUUUUCCCUGCCAUUUUUACCUAUGCAUGAUCCUCGUUGAAUUCACCCAGUUAAUGUUGUUAUAAUGUUACGUCCCUGAAAAUUUUUAGUGAACGUACACAUUGCUCAUUGCUUCGUUACGAAGUCAUAAGUCAUAGGUGCUGCCAUCUGCUGUUAUCUUCUCGUUCAUCGUUACUCACCUCAUUAAUAAACUAUUUCGAAGAAGUUUAUAUAUUCUUACAUUGCUUUCAAAACGUAUUUAAAAUAAUAGGCUUAACUUAUUAACAUAUGUAGUAUGUUUGGUUUGUUCAAAUUCCUUGCAGCCUGACCUCUCUUCUAAUAUCUAUGCUUAUGAAAAAUAGCUUCACUUUGCAUUAUUUUGCGUAAAAAAAAAUUUCUAUUAACUUUGUACCAUCUAAGGUUAAACCUAGUAACAAUUAAUUAUUCUAAGGCUAUGCAUUUCUACUUGCUUCGUCCAUAACUGCACUAGCUGAUAGCUCAUUAAUUUUCAUUUUUGGUGUAACUUAUGAAUAAUUCAUUACACAGUUUCAUUAAAAGGUAUUUUUACAGAAAAGGUUUUAAGAGCGAUCAAAUGAGGACUGCCUGUAUAAUAGAGGAGUAGAGUGUAAAUACAAUGUUUCUACACGAAUAAUCUGGGGUUAAUUACUGGUAGCGUAUAAGGUGCAAUGAUCGUGAAGUUUAUUGUUAAUGCUAAUUUGUGUGUGUAAAUAUACAGUAUAUAUUGUA